AAAUUUCAAAAUUUUUACCUUUCUCCAACGGUCAUGAACAGUGAUUUUCAUCUAUAAAUACAACUCAUACUUUACCCAUUUACUUCAUCCAAAACAUUUCAUCUUCUGUCAAAUAUUUUCAAAUCACUCCAUCCCGGUUUUUCAUUGCAAAAAAGAUGAUUCGCAUAUUUUUGGUCUUAUGUGCAAUUUUUAUUUUUACUUCUAUGUAUGGUCUUUUUAUUGGAGAAUUUGCUCCUCGAGAAUUUGCGCUUAAUGUCGGUUUAAUUUUCUAUGCGUUGCUUCUCCUUGUAAUUGCGUGUAUUAUCAAUAUAAAUGGUUCGUUUUAAAAUUACGAAAUUCUAAUAAAAUAUUUUAUUUUGUGUUUUAGAAAUACAAAUGGCAAACAUCGAGAAACUCCAGUUCCCGGCCCUAAAAAUAACUAGCGAAAAUUACGUCGGGUGAAUCAAAAACGUGAAACCAUUUCUGGUGAUGAAAAAGAUAACCGAAACAAUUGUAAUCGGUAACAAAUCACCACCCGAGCAUAUAUCCGAAGCGAUAAUCUUCCUGAAGAAGCAUUUAGAUGAAAAUCUAACGCACGACUAUGCAAACGUCGAGGACCCAGCUGAACUGUGGCAAACUUUAAAAGAAAGGUUCGAUAACCAGAGACAAAUCAACCUCCCUCACGCUUUAGAAGAGUGAAAAAAACUGAGGUUCCAAAAUUUUCAAAAGGUUGAGGAUUACAAUUUCGCUGUCGUGAGGAUAGUUGCACUUCUGAAGUAUUGUGGUAAUCAUGUCUCUGAGGCAGAAAUGAUGAAUAAAACAUAUAACACUUUCCACAAACAGCUUCACUUCUUGCCCGAAAUUUACAGAAAAUGCGGGUACACGAAAUUUUCUGAAUUGAUGGUUGCGCUCAUGUUGGCUGAAAAGAACAAUGAGCUCUUAAUCAAAAACCACAAUUCCCGACCUACGGGAGCCAAAGCAUUCCCUGAAGUGAAUGCUACGGCGGUAGAAAAUUCAGAAAGAAGGAACCAGUCCAAUCGAGGUUAUGGUCGCCGUUUCAAUAAUAAACGUGAAAAAACUUACAAUCCCAAAUGGAAGGGAUCUAACAAGUGGGUUAGAUCCGAACAAGUUUCUAAGGGUAAAGAAACUCAAGAGGAUACCACCCAGAAGCGUGGGACAGUGUGUUACAGAUGUGGAUGUAAAGGACAUUGGUCCCGUACCUGUCGUACUCCUCUACAUCUCUGUAAGUUAUAUCAAGAGUCCAAGAAAAGCAAAGCUAAAGAAGUGAACCUCACUGAAAACUUUGAAGGGACUAACUUUGGUAAUCUCGGGGACGUGAGUGUUGUACAAUCUAAGCUCCCGAAGAAGCUCAAGAAGAGAAAGCCGAUCACAAGAGAAGAUGGCUCUACAGAGUAUGAAGAGUACAUUGACUAUCUAUAUCCAGAAGAAUCACAGACAACGAACCUCAAGAUUCUUGAAGCUGCUUACAAAUGGAAGAAGCAGAAGCUUGCUACUUCUGAGGAGGAGUACGAUUAACUAGAAUUAUAACAAAUCUGUGAGUUUGUGUUUUGUAUGCUUUCUUAGUUCUCUGUACAUCGCCACUCAUCCUUUAUGAUUUAGCAAUAAUCUUGUUAUUGUGUGUUAGCAAAAAAAACAAACCCAUUCUGUUACUGUUUUCGUUCUUUUUUUGUAUAAAACCUUUGGGUUGCGUU